ACAUGAAGGGAAAUGUCAAUCAGACAUAAGAAAAAGAACGACAACAAAUGAACACUUAUCUAUCCAUCAACUAUCUAUCAUUGAUCGAUCUAUCUAUCCACAUAUCUUAUGAACAUUUCAGGUGUAAUCAUGUUCAUUAAGGCGUGCAGGUAGGUGCUGGGGAGCAGACAGCUGUGCAGUGACCCUUCCAGCUUCCCUGACAGCUCCCUGGCAUCUGCGGGGACCUCACAUUCAGGGCCCAGAUCUUGCUCCUCCUCCUCCUCCUCCAGGAUGUCACCCACUGCCACACAGAUGUUGUGGAGGAUGCAGCAGGCAGCAACCACCUUCGGUGCAAACAGAGGCCGGAUCUCCAGGGCCCUCAGGAAUAUGGAGCGCCAGCGUGUUUUUAGCAUACCAAAGGCACGCUCGAUGAUGGUCCUGGCUCUGGCAUGGUGCCUGUUGUACCGCACCUGAACUGCACCUUUCAGUCAAAAUUCAGGUAAUGAAUAUAAUGUAUUUCAAAGUCAACAAAGUGACAGUUUUGUGUUUGUGUGUGUGUGUUCUUACUUCCUACAGGCUGGCGGCAUGGCGUCGUGAUGGCCACAGGACGCUGGAGGCAAGGGUAUCCUCCAUCUCCCAGUAGAAAGUGCCCAGCUGGUGGAUACAGGGCCUGCUUGUACAUUGGCCAUCUCUGGAGGACCAGCGCAUCAUGCACAGACCCUGGACUGCCAAUGGGGAAUUAUCUUAAUGUGGUACCCAUCGAUGGCACCAGCAGCACGGCGGAAUGCCUCAUGGCCAGCAAGGUGCUCAAACCCAGCCCCCACCACCUCCAUCUCUUCACGUUUGGGGAAUUGAAUCACCCGAUGGAUUGGGGUGAUCAUUUCCUCCACAACAUUGUGGGCAAUUCUGCACACAGUGGAGAGUGGCAUUCCAAAUAUGUCUGCAGCCACCCUGUAAGAGGCACCACAGGCAAGCCAGUAAAUGGUCACCAGCACCUCCACCUCAUGGCUCCAUCCAUGGGCCUUCUCCCUGGGCAGCAUCUGCACCAGCAUGUUGAUGCUCUCCCUGGAGAGCCUGAAGGCUGGCUUCAGGUCAGCCCCAGAGAAAAAUGCUGCAAGGAUGGGCACAUCCUCUUGGAAUUUUGCAUAGUGCUGCGUGGGACUUUGGUCCUGUUCCUGUUUUUAAAAGUAGAAAAAUCAGAAUAAUGAAUCUCUUUUUAGAAAUGUUGUAACAUUGUUAAUGUAAUUGUUGUUCUUGGUAUGUAUUCUUUUGCUUAUUUAUGUGUUUUUAUCAUUCAGUAUUGAUUUUAAUUUAAGUAUUUAUUGUAAUUUAUUUAUUGUAUUUAAAGAUUAAUUGUCUUUAUUGUAGUAUUUAUUCAACAGCAUUUUAAAUAUUGAUUAUCUGAUAUGAAUUGUAUACCUGAUGUCUGAAGUGUGGCUGAAUAAACUUUCCCUCUUAACAUCUGACCUGUUUGAUCCAUUUAUAUUGGCGAGGACAGACUAAAUGAGAAACUGCUGUCAGUAUAAUCCAGUACAGUUCAACA